CUGAAAAAAAAAACCUUCCAGCCUUACGCCAUCACCGUCGGGAGCAGCAGGAUCGGGAUCUUAACAUUUCGACUUCCGCUGUUUCGACAUACAUAACCACCUGCUUUAACACACAUAUACAUAUUUAUACUUUUUUUUUUUCUAACGGAAUAAUCCUGGGGUGCUGUAUACCUGGAGGAAGGCAUGGGAGAGCUCACGGCGUUUCUGCUGUUACUGGUGGCGACCUUGACGCUUUCAUCCGAGGUGCCCGCUGAUGACUCAGUGGGUUUGCUAACUGAGCCCCAGGUGGCCAUGUUCUGUGGAAAGCUCAACAUGCACAUCAAUGUGCAGAGUGGCAAAUGGGAGUCUGACCCUUCUGGCACCAAGAGCUGUAUUGGCACCAAGGAGGGCAUCCUGCAGUACUGCCAAGAGGUUUAUCCAGAGUUGCAGAUCACAAAUGUUGUGGAGGCCAACCAGCCCGUCAGCAUCCAGAACUGGAGCAAGAAAGGCCGCAAGCAGUACCGCAGUCACACACACAUUGUGGUGCCAUACCGCUGCCUGGUUGGGGAGUUUGUGAGCGAUGCCCUGCUCGUUCCUGACAAGUGUAAGUUCCUGCACCAGGAGCGUAUGGACCAGUGUGAGAGCCACCUACACUGGCACACCGUAGCCAAAGAGUCCUGCGGAGACCGCACCAUGAAUCUCCACGACUACGGCAUGCUACUGCCAUGUGGCAUUGACCGUUUCCGAGGAGUGGAGUUUGUCUGCUGUCCGGCAGAGGCAGAACGAGAGUCCGACAGCACAGAGCUAGAAGGGGAGGAGUCAGAUGUCUGGUGGGGUGGCGCUGAGACCGAAUACUCUGAUAACAGCAUGUCACGUCCGGCAGACACAGAUCCUGCCACCACAGAGGAUGAUGAAGACGAGGAUGAAGAGGUGGAAACCUAUGAAAGGGAUGACAACAGAGAUGGCGAUGAAGAUGAGGAGGAAGAGGAAGACGAAGACAACGCGACCAAUGAACGUGAUAGUGAUGAGCGCAAUGCUAACAUUGCCAUGACCACCACUACCACCACUACCACUGAAUCAGUUGAAGAAGUUGUUCGAGCCGUGUGUUGGGCUCGUGCUGAGUCAGGCCCAUGUCGUGCCAUGCUGGAGCGCUGGUACUUCGUGCCUGAGAAGGGCCGCUGUGCUCCCUUCUUGUUUGGGGGCUGUGGGGGCAACAGGAAUAACUUUGAGUCGGAGGAGUACUGCCUAGCUGUCUGCAGCAGCUCGUUGCCCACCAUGGCCCCCAGUCCUCCAGAUGCUGUGGACCGGUACCUUGAAUCUCCUGGCGACGACAAUGAACAUGCUGACUUCCAAAAAGCGAAGGAAAGCCUGGAGGCCAAACACCGUGAAAAGAUGUCCCAGGUGAUGAGGGAGUGGGAGGAGGCUGAGAGACAGGCGAAGAACCUUCCUCGCGCAGACAAAAAAGCUUUCAUCCAGCACUUCCAGGAGAAGGUGGAGGCUCUGGAGCAGGAGGCAGCAGGAGAGAGGCAGCAGCUGGUGGAGACCCACAUGGCCCGGGUGGAAGCUCUGCUCAACAGCCGCCGACGCCUGGCUCUGGAAAAUUAUCUCAGUGCCCUAAAGGCCAGCCCCCCACGGCCCCGUCAGGUGUUGAGUCUGCUGAAGAAGUAUAUCCGUGCAGAGCAGAAGGAUAAGCAGCACACGCUGAAACAUUAUGAACACGUCCGCACAGUUGAUCCCAAGAAGGCUGCACAGAUCCGACCUCAGGUUUUGACCCAUCUACGUGUGAUAGAUGAGAGGAUGAAUCAGUCAUUGGGUCUCCUCUACAAGGUGCCCAGUGUGGCUAAUGAGAUCCAGAACCAAGUCGCGGUUAUAAUGCAGAGAGUUCAGUCGGAGCUGUCUCAGCAAGUCUCUUCCCUGCAGAGCGACGGGCGGAUGGAUGGCAGGGUGAGUUAUGGUAAUGAUGCUCUGAUGCCCGAUCAGGCCUACAGCUCUGCUCCUAUGGACCCUGGCCUGGAUGGACUGGGCUUCAUCCACCCCGAGAGCUUCAACCAGCCAAACACAGAGAACCACGUUGAGCCCGUUGAUGCUCGUCCAAUACCAGAUAGAGGACUGCCCACACGACCUGUAUCUGCCCUGAAACCAGAGGAGAUGCCAGAAGUGCGGAUGGAGACUGAAGAGAGGCAAAACGCUGGUUAUGAAGUUUACCAUCAAAAACUGGUGUUUUUCACUGAGGAUGUGGGGUCAAAUAAAGGUGCCAUUAUCGGACUUAUGGUUGGAGGGGUUGUUAUAGCAACCGUCAUCGUCAUUACCUUGGUGAUGCUGAGGAAGAAACAGUAUACUUCUAUUCAUCACGGUGUAAUCGAGGUGGAUGCGGCAGUGACACCGGAGGAGCGUCAUCUGGCCAAGAUGCAGCAGAAUGGCUACGAGAAUCCCACCUACAAAUUCUUUGAGCAGAUGCAGAAUUAAAGAACUGCUCAUCAACAUUUUCUUCAGACGCAUCUCCACGACACUCUCUCACCACUCGUAGGGUCUGUUCCACUCGGGUCCUUUGCCCUCAGCCCCUACACCUUCAGUUACUCACCUUGUUGAAGGGGGAGGGAAGGUGUGACGAUUACUGCAAAGGCUCUUUUUUUUUAAUCUUGUUUGAAAGCGAGGAAAAGAUUAGUAAAAUCUUUGUACCGGUUUCUGUCUCAGUGAGGGGUUUGGGCCAAAGGAAACUGACAUGGAACAAAGCCUUCUUAAUCCCUGAUCCCUUGAUUGUACAGAGCAGCACUUGAGCUUACAUUUACCUGCAUUUGGUCAGACAGGGGUACCCUGUUUCAACCGCACAAAUCAGUCGAUCAGAACAAAAACUUCAUAGUGUUUGUACUGAAAAGCCACCACCCUGUUGACUAUUUAUAUGACAUCCCUGCUGUACUGCGCUAGCAGCUGAGACCAGAAACACGUAUAACCCCAGCAGUUUAAUUUUCCGUCGCUCUUUCAUCGCUCCAACGGUUUUUUUUUUUUCCGUUUUCUAACUGUCCCACACAUCCCUGGUCCCCUGCUCUCAGAUGACAGCUGUGCUGUGUUUCAUGACAUAACAGCUCUUAGCGCUGGUAAUGGGAGGAGAGGCUCUCAGAGUGCCUCUCCGCACGAUUAAAGCCCAAGUGUUUCAGGUUUGUUUUUCAAAAAAGGAUUUAAAAAAUGCAGAAAAAUAUACAUGAUCAAAAUAUGUAAAAGUUGAAAAACAUUGUUUUCUGAUUAUUUUUUUUUAAUGUGUAAUAUAUUAAGACAGAUUAGCUGUAAGUAUAUGUACUGCAUGGCAAUAUUGAUGACAGAUACAGUUAACUACGUUGAGGUCCUCAGGAGCGGUCCUCUUACUAGAUAUUUUAGCAGGAUUGUACAUUGGUAGUGUCUUCUUUGUGAUCUUGUGAUAUGAAGAAGAAAAAGAGUAUUCAGAAUCUGGUCUGCUUUGUUGUCACACAGACUUGCUUUAGCUGAAUCUCAGCUUUUUAUGCUCAUCUCCAUGCUUCACUGUUGUGUUAGCUGCAUGGGCAAAAUGCUCUAUACUGUAUGUAAUAUAUGAAGUGUAAUAGUAUCCGAAAGGAAGACUAUCUUGUUACUGUUUGCGUUCUAUGCACUCUGUCAUUGGAAGUCUGAUUAUUAUUACCAAAUAUUAUUGCUGUUAAGUCCCUAAUGCCAAUUCACACUGUCGCUGCACAUUGGGUUUUUAUUAGAACGAGGAUCGAGGUUAAACUCCAAGAACGAAGUUUUCGAAAAGUGUAUCAUUCCAUAUUUAUCAUUCCAUUGUCUCUCUUGAUUGUAAAUAUUUGGAAGAUGGAUAUCUGGCUCUCAAUGGCCCUGUUUCAUUAUACAAGCUCCACCUCUCGGUCUUUCCCCUCUUGUUUAUGUGUUCUUCAGUCUUUCUUUUCUAACUCCAACUUCUCAUGCUUCUCUCUCUCUGGCGUUGUCAGCAACAUUGUACAGUGCAGCACUUUGGAGUCAGCGUGUGAGUAUUUGAUAAACAGAUCAGUUUUCUAGGUGGUCCCAUCUCGUAUCCAUUCCUUCACCAAAUCACACAUACACAUUCUAUUUUUCUACAUUUUCUGUGUAUACAUGUACAGUGCAUCUGUGUGUCCUGUGGUUGAUAUGUUCAGCACAUCUGUUGUCAAGUCUAUUAAUAGUCCUCACAGAGAGGUGAGGAAGUACCAUUAACAAUGGGAGGAUGACCAAAUCUCACAUCAGCAGAGAUGCAUUUCCCUCUCCCUUAAUUAAGUUAUUCACGCCACCUCCAGUAAACAUGAAUGUGACAUGCAUAUUGUGCAUUUAUACCACAGAAAUACAACACACAUCACCUCUACACAUUAUAUCCACAUGUAGAGAAACACUAAGUGAAGCUCUUAAUCAGGUGAAUGUUUAAAAUUUGUAUUGAUGCUCACUCUGGGUGUCUGAAGGCUAGUGACAAAAAAAAAAAAAAAGAUGUUUUUUUUUUUUUUUUAAAUUCCCCAUCUCAUUGAUUCAGUGACCUUCCUAUGUGUGUAGUUAGGUGAACCAUUUGCUUAGAGUAAGAAAAAGCUUUCUACACUCACUACCAUGAAUAAAAUUUUGAAUGUACAUAUAA